CAGCAGCAACAACAGCACAACAGCAGCAGCCGCAGCAGCAACCAUUGGCGCCGCGCAAGAGCAACAUUCACGAGCUGCGCAAUCAGGACUACGUCAGCCGCUUGAUGGCUGCCACGCCCCCAUAUUUGUACUCGGCGCCCGUUGGCCCGAACAACUAUUUCUUCAGCGAUAUGCUGCGCUCGCUGGUGCAGACGCGCAACAAUGAGACCGCGCGUGUAUUGCAGCUGCAGCAGCAACAGCAGCAGCAGCAGCAACACCAGCAGCAACAGCAGCAGCAGCAACAGCAGCAGGCGGCGUUGGUGCGACGCUCACGCAAACGCUCCUGGUCGCACAGACCUUACUACGAGCAGCUGCGCGAGCGGCGCGACGCCGAGGAGAAGCAGCAACAGCAACAGCAGCAGCAGCAGCAGCAACAUCAGCAACAGCAGCAGCAACAUCUCCAACAUCAUCAGCAGCAGCAACAACAGCAGCAGCAGCAGCUUGCUAACACCGCAGCAACUGCUGCUAGCGCAACCGCUGAGAAGCCGCUCGAGCUGACCAACAAGACAUCGGCCACGCCCACACUGACACCGACGCCCACAGCCACGCCGUACGGCUACAGCAAGCUGGAGACGAAGCCGCUAACAAAGGCCGCUCUGGGCGGCGCCGUGGACAGCGCGCUGGAGGAGAACGCAACGCCGGCAGCAUCGCUGCCGCCACAGGAUCUGGUGCUGCCGCCGCCGCCGCCCGUCUGGUAUCCGCCGCUCUAUGCGCCCUACGGCAUCGACCCGCUGCACUUCUUCAUCGAUCUGCGCGUCUCCGGCCACAUUUAUGACCGCAAGAAGGAGAACCUGUCGCCGCUCUCGAACAGCAACAGCGGCGCUCUGCUGGCAGCCGAGGAUGCAGCCACAGCUGGCGGCGGCCUGGCCAGCAGCAACAGCAACAGCAACAGCAAUUUGCUGAGCAAGCAGCGCCAUGGCUCCGCCUUCACUGUGCCCAUACCCAAGUCAGCGCAGAACGAUGCCAUCAACUUGUCCGCCAUUGGUGGCGGAGCAGGGGGCGGUGCAGGCGGCGGCAGCAGCAGCACCACCAGCUGCCCGGGCGUGGGUCCACUGGGCAAAUUCGAGCACUACGCCAAGUACUACGAUCUCGGCGAGAGCAAGGAGAAUCAGCCGGCAGCAGCGGCAGCCGCAGCAGCAGCAGCUGCCGCCGCUGCCGCCAACCUGUCCAAGUCUGGGGCCAGCUACAUGCUGCAGCACCUGCCGCGGCUCUACAGCCAGUUUGCGGCCGCGGCUGCCGUGGGCGGCGACCUGGACACCAAGUCCGAGUCGGCCUCGGCCUGUGCCACGGACCUCUGCGACGACGAUUCCCUCGGCCGAGGCUCCAGCGACAUGGCCGGCGCCCUGCUGGAGACCAACAGCCAGCAGCACGAGCGGGACAUCGACGUCGAGAUCAUCGACUCCAUCAAGUACCGCACGGACGGCGAGAGCAGCCGCUGCUCCAGCAACGAUGAGGCGUCCGUCACCCAGAUCGACUAGCUCCUCCCAAUCUCACGUUGUCCGAGCCGAUGCGCAUAAUAAUUGAUAGUUCCAAAUAUAUAUACAUGUA